AAAAACCCAAUUAAAAAAAGUAUUUUUUUUCGCAGGUUCUUCACAAUCGGAGACGACAAGGCCAUCAAAAUGUGGGACUCUGGCAUAGUGGACAGUGAAGACGAUACGCAUGAACCGCUGAACACAAUCCUGGGCAAGACGGUGAUUACGUCGAUUUCGCACAACUACGAGGAACCGUUCUUCGCGACCUGUGGCGAGACGUGCAACAUCUGGGACGAGACCCGCAAUUCCCCGAUCAAAACUCUCCAGUGGGGUGUGGACACUUUGUACGACGUCAAGUACAAUCCGGUGGAGACUUCCAUAUUGGCGGCUUGUUGCAGCGAUCGUGGAAUCAUUUUCUACGACCAACGGGAGGUGAAACCUCUGCGGAAGAUUGUCAUGACCUUGCGGCCCAAUCAGCUGGCGUGGAACCCCAUGCAGGCGUACUUCUUCACGGUGGCCAGCGAGGACUACAAUUUGUACACGUUUGAUACCCGGCGGUUGAAAAAUCCGCUGAAGAUUCACGAUGGCCAUACGUCGGCCGUGACUUGCGUGGAUUACGCCCCGACGGGACGAGAGUUCGUGUCCGGAAGCUACGACAAGACCAUCCGAAUCUUCGAGUCACACAAGGCCAAAAGCCGGGAAGUUUACCACACCAAGCGGAUGCAGCACGUGACGUGCAUCGGGUGGUCGCUGGACAACAAGUACAUCUACUCCGGCUCGGACGAGAUGAACGUUCGGCUGUGGAAGGCCCGGGCGUCGGAGAAGCUGGGUGCCCUGCAGCCACGUGAGAAGCAAGCCUUCAAGUACAACGAAGCGCUGAAGGAGAAGUUUGCCGCCCAUCCGCAGAUACGGCGCAUCGCCCAGCACCGGCACGUGCCGAAGGUGGUGUACAACGAGCGGCGCAAGCAGCAGGAGCAGAAGCAGAAGAUCAAGCGCAAGGAGGAGAAUGUGCGGAAGAACUCCAAGAAGAACGUCCCGUACGUGCCGGAGACCAAGAAGAAGGUGCUGCGGGAGGAGCAGUAACGGGUAUCGGGAUUUUUCUUAUAUUUUUCUUUAAAUAAAUAAUUAAAUUGGAAUUAAA